AUGUAUAAGUAUAAUUUUGAAUAAAACUCUUAACAUCGUAUAGAUAUUUUAGAAUUGAAUGAUGAGAAAUGUAAAUUCAGUUUUGAAGGUGAUUUAUCUAUUGCAAAUGCUUUAAGAAGGGUUAUGAUUGCAGAAGUACCUGUAAAGAAUUGGGGCUAAAUAAUUAGGUUAUGGCAAUUCAUUUUGUUGAUAUAAUUGAAAAUACUAGUCCACUUUCAGAUGAAUUUUUAGCAUAAAGAUUAGGUUUAAUUCCUUUAGUUUCAUAUGCUGCUGAUAGCAAAAUGUAUGAUUGGGAAGCUGAUGCAGAUUCAAUUGAAGAUUAAAAAACAAAAGUCGUAUUUACAUUAAGAUAAAAAAAUCUAAAUGAUGCUCCUUUAGAAAUUACAAGUUAACAUCUUGAGCCUGAAUUUGGUUAAGUAGGUGAAAUGGCUAUAAGACCUGUAAGAAUGUUUUCACCCAUAAAUAAUAAAGAAGUUGGAAUUCCUAUUACUAGAUUAGGAAAGAAUCAAUCUGUUCAUGUUCGUUGUCAUGCACUAAAAGGAUUUGGUAAAAUGCAUGCUAAAUGGAGUCCUAUUAAUAUUGCAACAUUUAGACAUGAAGCAGGUAUUAAUUUCAUUUAUAAUAAUACUAUUUUUUAUAGAACUUAAUAUUGAUCAUUCAUAAUAAUAAACUCUUUCACUUAUUGAAAAAAAGUCUAUUAGAGAUUCAUGUCCGAUGAAUGUCUUAGGAAUUGAUGUUAAUCAUGAUCUUAUUGUAAAUGCUAUUGAAAAAUGUAUAUUUUGUGAAGAAUGUAUUCGUUGUGUAUAUCCUAUUUAUUUUAAUCAAUAGGCUGAAUCAAUCAAAAAACCAAGAUUAAUCAAAAUGCAACAUAAAAAAAAUAAAUAUAUAUUUACUGUUGAAAGUGCUGGAUAAAUUAAGGCUGCUGAUAUUGUAUAAAAAGUAUUCAUUCAUGCAUUAUGUAAAAGGCUUUAAUUGUUUUAAGAAAGAAAGUCGAUGAAAUAUCUUAGGAUCUAAGCUUUGCUUAAUAAUAAUAAUUAAAUUGA